AUGGGGAUUCGUUAUCGCGAGCAUCUCGAUUUCGGAAAAAAUAAGCUUUCGGAUGUCAUUUUGAUUGCUGGAGAUCGAAAAUUCUAUGUGAACAGAAUGUACCUUGCUCAUCACUCGUCUUAUUUCAAAACUCUAUUACUUGGAAAGCUCUCUGAAUCUGAAAAAUCGAUAAUCGAACUGAAUAAUAUCGAUCCGGAGGAUUUACAGAAGUUUCUAGAAGUUCUAUAUGGAGAAUCUGCAAUUGAUGAUUAUACUGUAGAGGGGAUUCUGAAAAUGGCAGAUAUGUACGAUGCGAAAACUGCAAUCAGGAGAUGCGAGGAAUUUUUAUUGGAAAAAUCGAAAAAUUCAAUGAAAAUCAAAUUCACAUGUGCAGUGAGAUACAAGUUGGAUGCCUUGAAGGUGAUAGCGAAAAUCUAUAGUUUUAAUCAAAAAAAAUGUUUUAAAGGUGGUGUACGAAAGUGUCUGUCGGAACUGAAAACCACCGCUGAAAUUCGUGAAUUGGUUCCAGAAAAUGCUCAUGAUUUCGGGCCAGAUGUCUGGAAGGAGCUAUUCUUGAAGGCGACCUCUCCUCAAUAA